AAACUGCUCCAAGUGGACUACACUACUGUCCUCCCUUCCACUGUACCUUACUUGGAUGAAUUGGAUUCUAGGAUCACAAGUAUGAUGGUGGCCAAGGAUGAACUGUGGCUUGGCACAGGUAAAGGAGUGGUUCUUAUUUUCGCCGUGUCUGAAGCAGUUCCAGAGACGGAGGCUGCAAUCGCUGAGUUGGAGCAGAGCAGCAGUGAACAAGCAGCACAUUCUGAGGAACCAGGCACAGUUGGGCAUGGUCUCCUCACACCACAGCUUCCUGAAGGCUCU